AUGGUGGUGCCUGAAAUAAUAGAGGAAAAAGAUCGCAACAAGAGAAUCAUCAGAGACUUAUACAAAGCCAUAAUCUUCAAAGACGCGGACACAUUGCAUCUCCUUCUUGCCCCAAACUUAGAAUGGUGGUUCCAUGGCCCACAACGUCAUCGCCACCAUUUGAUUCCGUUCCUAACAUGCUCUUCUUCUUCAGCAUCAUCAUCAAACCCUUUUGUUCCUCAUCUGAUAGAAGAGUUUGGAUCAACGGUGAUUAUCGCUGAAGGGUACGAUAAGGUGAACAACGUGUGGUGGGUGCAUGCAUGGACUAUUACCGUUGAUGGGGUCAUUACUCAGAUCAGAGAGUAUCUCAACACUUCGGUGAUUGUCACUAAGCUUAGGAAGCAUUUGGAUGCUGACGAUGAUGAUGCUUGUUACUCUUCCAUGGGUCAUUGCGUUUGGAAGAGCAAGCUCAUUGAUGACUCUGUGCCUGGACUUAUUCUUGCAAUAUAG